UCUAACCCGUAAUAAUCCUAAACUCGGUUUCUCUGACCACUCCUUCUUGUGAGAUCACACUAUAAAAUUAUCUCCAAAUAUGGAAUCCCUUCGCCAAAUCAUAAUCGAAAAGCCCCUAUCCAGCGCCAGUGAAAUUCUUGAGCAGCAAUUAGAUGGACUUUCAGAGGCUAAGCAGUUAGAUCUGCUAACAGAGUUGCCCACAAUUGGUCAUGAGGCCGAUGAAAGAAUGGCCGAAGUGAUAUAUGCCGCCUGGUGCCACCUAUGCGAGAAGGAUCUCUGGUCCAUUCAGUACGACACCCUAGAGCAAUAUAGAAGAGUCGUUGGGUACUAUGACAUCAUCAGGCCUAUCAUUCGCCGAUUCAAACGAUCCGACAGAAAGAAGUUCUCAAAUAUGGAUCUGAUUGAAAGCAACUGGAAUGCGCCGGUGACGGAGGCCAUACCGUCACAUAUUGCCCCUCAAUCAUGGAGUAAACAUAUGCUUUCUCUCCUCGCCACAUUAAGCAAAGAGAAACAAAGGGAGGAAGCAGUAGCGCUGCUUGAAGCCAGCAUCGACCAAAGACCUCAUAAAUCGCGUCAUUCAAGCCAUUUGAUUGCGAGUGACGUGCAGCGUAUUCUUGAAAAGCCUUCUACUGUCAAGUAUAAAAGAGAGAGAGAAAAAAGGUCGUCAGGUCCAAGGAAAAGCAGAGUUCGCAGCCACGCCCACUCUCAAUCUUCACCUGAAACGGAGCCAAGUUCAAUCUGCCCCACUCAAAACCCAAUUCCAAGUGUCACGAGCGAGCCUAGCGAUGCUAUGAGCCUUGAUUAUGAUUUGGAAACCCAGACGGGACCAGACAAUUGUGAUUGCUCGCCCAUAUGUCUUCCUUUGGUGAUGCUGAUGUCCGUGGGUAUGCCUACAAUGACACAAGAACUCUCUAUAGCCCUACUCAAAUGGACUCAGAGUGUGUCCUGGUCUAGUCUUUGCAUUCCUCAUCUACAACAACUAGCAGCAUACAAGUAUGGCGACAAUGCAAAACGGUGGUCGCGGCUCCAGUUAGUUAAUAGGGUGGAACAGCUUUUACUGCCUCGUGACAAGGCCAGAGAAACGCCAUUCUGGAAUGAUCCAGGAAUGCGCAUCUUUGAGUCGGAAGACUCAGUUUGUUCCGAAGAUCUUAUUUCGGGUCUUUCAGAUCUUUCAAUCCCCGGCCAUUUGGCGCUGAAUGCUGGGAAUUCCCGUGAACAGCAGGAGCAAUCCCCUCCGACGCUAUCAUUUCGAUCAUCGCUAUUCUACUGCGGCCCGACCAGCUUGCCAUUGAGUAUACAUUGUCUUUUCUUUGCAACUCGCGACCAUUACUGCUUUCUUGAGUGGGGAGGCCCUGAUCUAUUUUCUUCGUAUACGUGCAGUAGGGAUGUGUUUAGUUUUCUUCACUACCUUUUCCCCGGCGAACCCGUGAGUUGGCUGAACACUAGACUGUCCAUCACCAGUCGGUUUUCAGAUCAGACGGUAGUCGAUAUCCCAUUCAUAAUCCUACCAAGCGAAUUGUACACGGACUCGUUGAGAAGCUUUCAGCUACAUGCCAACGGUGUCCUCACGCAUUGGAUCUCAUGCUGGUGCCAGAACACAAGUCUCGAUCAGUUUGUGCUACAGCUGGCAAUAUGGCUAUAGCAGAUCUGACCGCAGGAGAGAUGCACUCGAACAUAGGGAAGAAGCUCAUUUGAGCAAAUCUCCCCUUGAGCCAGAAUCUUUUGCCCAAAAACAUUGUCUGGAAUCUUUAGAACGCAAUCAAAGUUUGAUUGAUUGCUACUGGACGAGACGAACAUAUGGAUGUAGCAUCCCAUAAGGCAUUAAUGUCGUGCUGGGUGAUGUUGCUGUACCUAAUAAGGGGGUGCGCACUCUGACUACUGCUGUUUGAACAAAUGUUCAGUAACGAUAUUACCUC